AUGGCCGAAGAAGUAUCACAAAAUAUAGCGAAUCAAGAAGAAAGUAGAAUCUCAACAGAACAAAAUGUUGAUCCAACAACAACAACUUCAUUAAAUGAAUCUACAAUGAUGGAAACAUCAACAAAAGAAGAAGAAGAAGAAGAACAGCAACAACAACAACAGCAAAUAAAUGUUGUUGAUGAUGCAACACUUCAAGCAGUACUUAGUUCAAUGACAGAACCCGAAAUGAAUGCAUUUCUUGAAGAACUUAAUAAAACAGGAAAAGCAUAUUUACCUGGUAUUGGUCAAACCAUUGAAUUAUUAACGGUUCCUGCUCCUUCCGAAACAUCAACAACAACAACAACUAUGACUGUUCUGCCUUCAUCUCAAAUAUCACAAUCUCAACCAUCAGCAGAAAAUUUUCUUCAAGAAUUAACAUCACUUAUUCAACAUCCACCUGAUGAUAUCGUACCUAUUGGUAUUGAACAAAGAAGGCGUCAGCAAUCUAUUGAUGCAAGAUCAAAUAUUAAUAAUACUGUAUCAGGAUCACGCCAAGCUCGUACAGCUAAUAUAUAUGGUGGUACAUCAGUUGGUGGCAGUGGUCGACCAGGUACAGCUGUUAAAUCAACAAUAACAUCAAGUGGAGGAGCAACAAUUCGGAAAUCUUUCCAACAACAACAAAAUAUGAAUGAUGAUCGAAUGUUUUUUGGACGACC